CUAGCCAACAAACACUAACGUCAGUCACACAUACGCACAUGUGCCGAGCUGUUGAGCUCCUGACAAGAAUGACGUUCGAGUGUGAGUGGCAAAAGAACGAAUUUUCGAUCGUUUUCCGAUCUGAUCGUGAGCUCGAAUGGGACUCGAUUUCGUUUCACUUUUCCUUCAGUUCGGUCAGCUCGAAUCGCGAUGGUACCGAAGGUGGUGACAGCAGCUGCUUUCGCGACACAGUCUUCCGUGCACGACCGAUCGGUUACGGCGGAGAGUACGGAUCCCACAAUAAUUUGUUCGUUAGUGGUAAAUAGUAAGGUUAGAUCCAAAACAGCUGGAUUUCGCGUGUUGUGAUGGUUAGAUUGACACUUGACACAGGUAAAGCGAGUUGUCGGCGUUGCGAAUUUAUCUCAAUGAUCAGAUCCUCCUCGACUUUCCACGGUGUCAGUGCACUUGAUCGUGAACAAACGCGUGCACGCGCGUGUAUGUGUGUGUCCGUGUGCGAGUAUAUUGUGUGUGCUGUGCAAACAACACCACCCACUGCUGGUGUGGUGUCCCAUCACGCCGCUUUCGUCAUCGGACGAGUGGUCGAGUGAUUAUUUUUAAAUAAGUUCAUUAAAUCAGGCCAACUCGGUCACGGAUUGUUUUCGGAUUGUGGCGGAUUGGACCGAGCCGAGGUGCUGCUGGCUGCCACGGUCGCUAGCGAUUGUAGCAUCCUACAUCGGCAACACGGUCGUCAUUGUGCGCGUAUCGACGGACAGGCACAAUAUCGGAAACAACUGGCUGCAAUGCACACAAUGUGCUCUGCGUAUCAUCAUUGAUUGAAAAGAACACUAACGUUUCAUAGAAUCUUCUUCCCGCUGCCUACCACGUCUGCUGACGCUAAAGUGCUGGCAUCCAGUGCCGCGCCAACAACUGUCACCAACGUAGCAUAGAUCCCUAGUAGCAUCGACUAUCGACGACUCUUCUUGACCGACCAAAGAGUCAUCCAGACAAUACAGAGUGUCAGAGACAGAGUGUUAACCAUUGUGACGACGUGACAAGGCAUUCCGGUGGGACGGAUUCGAUGAAGUGCACAUACGCCGGGCAAACUUUUACCGGGCACACAAUGAAGUAACAGACGAAAAAGAAGAAAAAAAGAGGAAAAGAGGAAAAGGAAAAUAGAAACCCUCGAAAGGUGACCGAGCCAGAGAAGCCAUACAAAUCAUGUUCAAUAGGAAGGCGCACGACUGUGACGCGAAUAUUCUCUCGAGGGGGUAAACAAAUCAAUAAAAUUGGCAACGGAAACGGAGGCGAGCGGUGAGGCUGCCAACCAACCAACCAACCAGCCGACCAUCCAUCGUCAUCGGUCGAGGAAGGGCGCACACCGACGACUAGUGAAGUGGAUAGUGCGUUUGACUUAAUUGGCAGCAAUUGAUACUGAUUGAGUGCUGGUGCCAUUGUUUCGCGUUCGUUCUCAUCCCACCCAACCAUCGGUUCGAAUCAGAUGGUCAUCCGUGACUGAUUCACGAGCAGAGUUGGUGUGCGUGUGUGCGCAAACACGCGGUGCGGGAUCCGUUAUUGCGUGAUAUAAGGCGCAAAAGGGGGCCCGACCGGCUGCCCACCUAACUAGUGAAGCAUCAGUAUGUUUACCCUUCCACUGUACAAAGACAGCACCAUGAUUACCUCGUGGAGUGAUGCUUCCUCCUAUCGGAUGAAGAAAAAUAUGGCCGAGCUGAUGCAGCAGAUGCGUGAUCCGGCAACGAUCGGUGCCGGCGGUUCCAUGGGCAGCAUCCCACAGAGUAUCGUCUCAUCGAGCGCCAACGCGAACGAUCUACAGAAGGCACUGCGCAAUCAGGGUAUUCACUCAACACCGGCCUCCAACUUGAAACUGUCGGAACAGAUGCGACACGCACAGCACGACGGUAGCCCAACGGUGGCUUAUCAACAACAACAGCAUCAAAACCAACAGAACCACCCCGGCGUUGGUUAUCAGCAUCACCAGCAACAACAGAAUGGCACCGCCCUUAAUCGGCUGGCCACCUCAAAGAGCUACUCCGGAGGGUUGAAUCACUCGGCGAGCGGUGCCAGCGUUGGUACUGGAACCGGUGGUGGUGGUGCAUCCAGCAUCUCAUCCAGCCUUUCCUCGCUGCCCGACAUCUCCGCCAACAACUCGCAGUUCUUCGAGGUGCUGUACGUGGGCAAGAUCAAAGUGUCGCACAAGCGCGUCCCGUACACCUUCAUCGACGAUGCGCUGCCUAAGUUCAAGGCGUACGAUGCCGAGAAACUGCGUCAGCAGCUCGAUGCAUCACGAAAGAACAUACCGGUCACGGGUGGUGGUGCUACGGUUGCUGAAGCUGGAUCGAAUGGUGUUUCCGAGACGAACGCCCAACCACCAACAGUUGUGACCGGCGAGUCAAUACCCCGGCCAUCACCGCCACCAUCUAAUGAUGAACUACCCGAAUCAGUCUUCCAGGGCAGGCGCGUCAGUCAGUUUGAUCUUCCGACGAAGAAAAUCGAGGACGGUAGUAGCGAUGAGAACGCAAACAACAAAAACAACAGCCACAACAUUACCGUAUCCAGUGCAAGUGGUGAUGGUGUUAGUGGUGAUGGGUCAUCUAUUGCCGAAAAGCAGAAACCAACAACGCCGGUGCCGACCAGAGAAAGCAAAUCGCCCGAUGAGGAGGCUCCGGUAAGGCGCGAUCGUUCCGCCUCGAUAGGUUCGCUACCGGUGGUAGAACAAAACCGUACGAUGGUGUUUCUCAUCGGGCAGAGCGAUCUGCGACUGAUCAGCCCAGACCGGAAGCAGGUGCUGCUGCACAAGGGAUUCCGGGACGUAGCGAGCUGUGUGCAUGGACAAAAGAAUCCGGACCACUUUGGAAUCAUUUGCCGGGAUCUGAACAAUGAUGGUUACAUUGGGUACGUGUUCAAGUGCCAAUCGGAGCAGGUGGCCGAUGAUAUCGUGAUGGCGAUCUCGCAAGCCUUCCAGGCCUGUUCGGCCCAGAAGCAGAAGGACCGGGCUGCCGCUCAGAUUUUCUCCUGCGAGCACUGUCCAAUGCUGUGGUACCACAAGUUAUGCACCGACAUCGAGGGACUGAGCGACAAGAAGACGCAGUACAUGAUCUUCAAACGAAUCGACACGACACUGACCGACGACGAGCAACGGCUGCUGAUGGAGAAGUAUCACGGCGCGGAGGAGGCUAGUGGGCAGAGUAUUGGUGAGCAGAAUCAGUUCCUGAUGAUGCUGCUGAGGGCACACUGCGAAUCGAAACAGCAGCGCCACGUGCAUGAUACGGUCGAGAACAGGACCGAGUUCCUAAACCAGUACUUGGGUGGUAGUGGUAUCUUCAUGAAGGCAAAACGCUCGUUAACGAGCUCGUUCGAUCAUCUGCUGAAACGGCGCACCAGUCGUGAUGAUUUCCUGGGUAAUGGUGGACUGAAGGACUCGGCAUCGGCUGGAGAACUGAAGGAUGGAAGCUUGGAACCGAUGCCGAGAGCUAGGGCGUCGACUAUCGGCUCCAGUCCCUCUAUGGGGCGCUUAAACAGCGAUCCAGGCUCUUCGGUAGCUGGAUCACAAGCUCCGCAGCUCAAAUCUCCCAUGAUGGACAUCUUCAUUAAAGUUGGCAACAGCCCCAGGGAGCACAACAGUAGCCAUACCGGAUCGUGGCGCCAAGCGAUGCUGCACCGUGUGGUGACACCAUCGAAGAACAUGAAGAGCGGAUCGGAGGAGUACAUGUCACCGUUCCGAACACCUGGCGAUCAUCAACAGACUACCAAAAAGAAGCGUACGCGGGAGGAAUUGCGUGAGUUGUGGCGUGUCGGUAUCAAGCAGACGAUCAUCCUGAACCGUAUGGACAAGGAAAAUGCUCACCUGCAGGCACGCCAGAAUGAGAUCAAAUCGAACGAGAUCAAACGCGUGAAGCUUGAGUACGACGAAAUAACGGUCUGUGAUAAGCGAUCGACUGAACAGUGGGAUAGCAUUUUGGAGAAGAGCGCACCGGGUGCGGUAGGAGGGUUGCCCGCGAAUCAGUCCCUUCUCUAUCAGGCCAUUAAAAACGGAGUGCCACGGUCGAGGCGUGGCGAAAUCUGGAUGUUUUUGGCAGAACAGCAUGGACACCGAGCAUCGGCACCGGUCGAUACGACCAAUUUCCCGAAUUUCAACACACCUUACCACGUGCUGCUGAACAAUCUGACCGAGCAUCAGCACGCAAUAUUCAUCGAUUUGGGUCGCACUUUCCCAGAUCACAAGUACUACAAGGAUGCACUCGGUGUAGGCCAGCUGUCACUGUUUAACCUGCUGAAGGCUUACUCCAUCCUAGAUCCGGAGUUAGGCUACUGUCAGGGGUUGGGUUUCAUCUGUGCGGUUCUGUUGUUGCAUCUUGAGGAAGCGGACGCUUUCGAACUGCUCAAACAUCUGAUGUUCCGGCGACAGAUGCGGGCCAAGUAUCUGCCGGACAUGAAGCAGUUUCAGCUGCAGCUUUACCAGCUCUCACGUCUGCUCAAGGACCACAUCCCGGAACUGUACGAUUGGUUCGACCAGCACGACAUCUCGCCGACGCUGUACGCCGCUCCGUGGAUACUGACAGUUUUCAGUUCACACUUCCCGCUCGGCUUUGUCGUACGCGUGUUCGAUCUACUAUUUCUCGAGUCGUUCGACGUCAUCUUCCGGUGCGCGAUCGCACUGCUCGAGGUGCACCGAGAGGCACUGCUUCAGCGGGACAACUUUGAGGACAUCAUGAGCUACCUGAAGAACGUGGUACCGAAGAUUGACGGUGGCGUGAUGGAGAAGGUUUUUCGGAAUGUGUUCCAGUGCGAUUUCUCGCGACCGCUGAUCGAAUACCAGGUCGAAUAUAAUGUGUUGCAGGAAGAGAUGACCUCUCAGAGCCACCAUCUGGAGGGAUACAAGCGGCUGAAGGAGGAUCACCAGCAGCUUGCCACGCAGUUCCAGUUCGCUCAGUCGAGUCUGAUGCAGCUGGAGAAAACGCGACUAGCGCAGCAGGAGCAGAUCCAGUCGCUACAAUCUCACGUUCAAACGCUCGAGAACACCGUGCACACGCUGGCUCGCUAUAUCGAGCAGACGGUCGAGGCCAAAUCCGACACCGUGCUACCAGCGGAGAUCUGUCGCAUACUGGAACAGAUGCAGGACCUGCAGCAUCAGCAGCAACUGCAAGCGCAAAAGAAACGCUCGCCAAUCUUUGUCGAUCGUAAAAUUGGGAAAUCGAUCUCGUUCAACAGUAAUCUGGGGUUGGCACUGAACGUGCUGGAGGAGGCUAAUGAACAAGCGGACGGACCGGGUGGAGCCGGUACGCCGACGAAGAAAAAACCCUACUUCCAGAAUUCUUUCACCCAGAUUCGACAGCAACGGGCCAGCCUGUGGCUGCAUAAGCUGGAGGAGUGCAACACUAGCCCCGAGCAUGGCUCAGCGGGUGGUCCUGCAUCGAUGGGCACCGGCACAGGUACGAAGAUACUGAGCAGCACUUCAAACAACCACAGCGACGACAGUGGUAUUGCGACACCGAUCAGUCCCCAGAUGCACGCACCUUCAACGACACCGAUGGUGGCCGAAAGUAGACCAUUGGUGCCGCUGUCCGCCACCACCACCUUUGACAGCCAUCCACUCAGCAGCUGUGGCGAUGUAUCGGUACAGUACAACGGUACGACGCAGCUCAAGUCACUGAAACCACGGGCCCAAUCGCGUCAUGGUUCCGUCUCUUCGAUUGUCAGUGAGGCAAAUAACGGCGAUCCGCGGCCUGAGACGGCGAUGGAUCGGAGUUAACGGGCCGGUACCGCAGCCGGCCCAGGAACGUUUCGGUGUAAUGCUGCUACUGAUGGUUGGGAGUAGAUCAGCGAAAAGGCUACGCCAUUUGGGACAUUCGGAGAAGCAUAGAAAUUGUGUCAUCAUUGUUCAACGGCAACUGGAAGUGUUCUACAUCUAUGGUUCUUCCACAAUGCGGGAUUCCCGGGAUUGGAUCGUGAAGCUCAGACAAGGGGUUCUGGACGACGGAUAUAAAAUCUGAUUUCACUUGGCUGGCUUUAUAGACGAUUCUCAAAACGGAAGUAUCGAACGAUGAUUCGUUGUUUCCAAGUAGGCCUUUUUACUAUUUCAAUCCAAGCCUGCUGCCUGCCAAGCCAAGCCAAGCCUGCUCCAAUUGCGCUCGGGCUGUCUCAGGACACUCUGGCGUGCAUAGACGAUGAGGAAGAAAGGAUAUAAAAAAGGGAUCGACAUUGUUAUUACAGUUUGUUCCAGGAUCCUUUUCUUCUUUUCGGGUGUGCGCUAUCGCUAUCGCGAUGGCAUGAAAAAACCACAUAGUGAGAAAUGUAUUAAAUUUAUGAUGAAAUCGAAGCAGCCGCGCAUAGCAACAUACUCUCUAGUAGCAAACACUAUACUCUCUCACUCUAUAUAUAUUUAUCGCUUUUGCAGCUAGGGCUAGGGUAUGUCGGCAUAGCAUGUGCUAAGACAAAUAAGAGAGAAGAAAAAUUUACACUGAAAAAACAAAACUCUGCAACAGAACCCAUCGCCGCCACCAAGAAGUAAGGCUUCGUAUAAUUCUCGUGAAUGUGUAGAAAAUAGUGAGGGUGAAGUACAGGAAUCGUAGAAAACUCAUAAUUCAAGUACGCUGUGGCUUCAAGGGAUAGUAACGUUGCUCUGAUGUCUUUGAUUGAGUUUUGUAAAUGAUUCCACAAAAUUACUGCUACGCAGACGUGUGCCCAGUGUUUCAUUAAGCGGAAACAUACAUCAGCAGAAGAAAAACAACGUAAUAGCAAA